AUGCCGACGCCUAAUCAGGCAGUCCAACAGGAAGAACUGGAGAUUCUCCGCUCCAUCUUCACUGAAGAAUGGCAUGAUAUACCUCCAAAGAAAACAGCAUGGGGGACGGAGGUAGAAGCUGGUUGGUGGGAGGUUAGUAUACAGGGUGAAGAUGAGAGAGUGGGGUUAGGGUUCAGGUUCAGGUUUCCAAAGUUGUAUCCCAAUCAACCACCACUUCUAACAUUGGUUGAACCUAGAAACCUCUCACCCACACACGUCAGGACGUUGUUGAGAUUGUUACAAGAUAAAGCGAAGAGCUCCCUAGGCGGUCCUAUGAUUUUUGAUCUCGUCGACAUGGCGAAAGAUUGGAUAUCCCGUAAUCAUUUACCUCUAUCGAAGAAAGGGGAGAAAGUACCUACUUUGAUGGAAGAGAUGGCGAAGAGAGAAGAGGAGAAAAGAGCCGCCGCAGAAGCUCAAUAUCAAGAUGACAAAGCUAAAGAAGCUGCCAUAUUUGCUGAAAAAACUCGUAUAUUACAUGAAAAAAUCCAAUUAGAUGCCAAUAGGAAAGAAGAACUCCUACGACAAGUCGAAUCUGAUCAAGCACAUCAACGUCAUCUCGAAACAGUUUCCACUCUACAAGAUGGGGAAUUAGAAAACCGUACUCUAACUCUAUCCGAACCAAUCAUGAUACCGGGAUAUGAAGGAAUAUGGAAUACUUUAAUGUUAUUCAAUGGGAAACAAGAAAAAUUAUGGGUUACGUAUAUUGGGGAAUUCGUCAAUGUGGAAAAUACACAAAAUACAGAUUUCGUUAGGAUUUCAAAACCUUGUGUAUAUGUUGAAAUCAUUGAUUUUUCUUCUACGUUUUAUUCCACUACUCAAGGGAGGAGGAAAGUUGAUGGUGUCGUAAGUGAGAUAGAAAGGUUGAAAGAGGUUAAAUUGGAAGGAUGUAGGAAAGUUUGGGGUGUAAAGAGAGAGAAGAGUCCGAAAGGUUGGGAAAGGGUUAUUGUCUUGUUGGAAUAUGAGAAAGAUGAAGGAAGGCUGAAAACUUUGUUGGGACAAGAUGGUUUAGGUGAGAAUAUAGCUAUGAACUACAUGCGUCAAAUACUUCGAACCCUAGCGGACCUACACGAAAAAGGAAUGUGUCAAAGAUUACUAGACGUCGAUUCCAUCAUCCUCUCACCUACGUCAGAAGGCAACGAAGCAAAGCUCGGCGGUACUUUGUACGCUAGACGUUUGAUCGAUCUGCAUCGUUCGAACCCUUUUCUGAAGAAUUAUUCUGAUCCUCUGCCUGAUGCUUGGAAAUCACCAGACGAAGCGGAAAAUGUUUACGCAUACACCAACAAGAGAGAUAUGUGGUAUGCCGGUGUAUUGAUGGUUCAGAUGAUUUUUGGUCCACAGGUCAUUUGGAGAUAUCCUACUCCUUCUGCUCUGUUACAACAGGGGAUCAUCUCCGAAACAAUCACCGCCGUCCUCUCAGGACUUCUACAACCUCUCCCAAAAAAACGUCUCUCCGCCAACGAAGCGUUACAAAUGCUCAAACAUGAUUUGGAUCUAUCAAGAACGUUGACAAAGGUUCCAUUAGGUAGCUCAACCUCGUCGAGUUUUGCUCACAGCCCAAUGGCAGGAAAUAUGGUUUCGUUCAUUCAGAGUAAACCUCAGGUAGGGGCUCAGAAUUGGGGUAGGUAUAGGAAAGAGUUUGAAGAGGUUGAAUUUUUGGGUAAAGGUGGAUUUGGUGAAGUUGUAAAAGCUCGACAUUUGCAAGAUGGUCGAGCAUACGCUAUCAAGAAAGUCCGACUCCGACCUGAAGAUAACGAGCUUCGAGUAUUGAGAGAAGUCAACACUUUGUCCGGACUGAAUCACAUCAACAUUGUCCGUUAUUUCUCAUGUUGGCUAGAAGAUGUAGCUCCUCCAGUUCACACACCACCCGAUUCAACGUCCAACACUCCAGGUGUUCUAAGUCCUACAAAUAAAGACGACUCUGACCCUUUCGCUCCUCCCAGAAUGGAUGAUCCGUCAUUAUGGCGAAGAGAUGCGUCGAAAAGUACUUCGUUUCCUAGAAUUCGAUUUGCGGAAACGGAAGAAGAUGAGGAUAUAGAUGAAGAUGAAGAGGAGGAUAGUGAAGGGAGUAGCGAUACUAGUGAUGCGGAAACUAUCUCUCGUAAGACCGCCAAGGGUUUAAAGGUCUCGGAAGAAAUGACGAGUACAACGAUUGAUGAGAUGGUCAUAAAGAGGAUUUUAUACAUUCAGAUGGAGUUUGUGGAGAAUCAAACUCUCAAAGAAGCCAUAGCUGCAGGUCUUAACGAUUCCGACUCUUGGAGGAUAUUCAAUCAAAUCCUCCAAGCACUCGCUUACCUCUCACACGAAAAGAGUGUGGUGCAUCGUGAUUUGAAACCUGCCAAUAUACUCCUGGACGCACAUGGGAAUGCCAAAGUAUCAGAUUUCGGAUUGGCCACUACCGGUUUGGUAGGAGUUGAAACCACACCUGGUGAAACGACGGAAGAAAUUUCUGAUAAGACUUCGGGGAUUGGAACUAGUUUGUAUAUCGCCCCGGAGGUCGCGGGGUCGAGAUCUUAUGAUACCAAGGUAGACAUGUACUCUCUCGGGAUCAUAUUCUUCGAAAUGUGUUAUCCCUUCAAAACGGGCAUGGAAAGAAUUCAAAUUCUUUCAGCACUUCGUCAACCUCUUAUAACCUUCCCAGAUGGUUGGAAACCUGAUUGGAAAUCUGAACAGAAGGAAAUUAUCACUUGGUUGUUAAGACAUGAUCCUAGUAUGAGACCGAGUGCAAGACAAUUAUUGUUAAGUCCUUUGGUACCUAGUCAGGAUAAGGAUGAGAUGUUUUAUGAUAGGGCUAUUAAUGAAUUGACCAAUCCCACAUCUCAACAUCAUCAAACACUCCUCGACGCUCUAUUCGACCCUGACGCUCAUGCAUAUACCACAUCAUACGAUGAUCGACCGGACGAUUACACAUUCGACAGAGAACAAGAUGAUUCUCUUCAAGUAUGGUUAUCAGUAGUCAUUCAACGUCUUGAAGAUUUGUUUAAACGUCACGGAGCGGUGGAAACUGAUCUUCCAUUGCUCAUGCCUGAAACAUCUUUGUUGAAAGCUUUUCCCAAUUUAAAACCUGUCAGAUUGUUAGAUGUUAAAGGGAAAGUGGUUUUAUUACCAUUUAGCGAUUUAUUAGCAAUGGCUAGAUCAGCUACGAGAAGACAGAUAGAAAGGAUAAAAAGAUAUCAUAUAGGUAAGAAAUAUCAAAAUUAUCCUACUCUAGAAGGACAACCUAUCGUUUCUGGUGAUGUCAGUUUCGAUAUCAUAUCACCUUUAAGAAGUCCAGCGGCGGAUGCGGAAAUGUUAGAAGUUGUCGAUAAGUUGAUCUCGGAAUUUAGAGGUGUUAAAGGGACGAGUUUGAUGGAAUAUGAAUUUCACAUUUCUCAUGAAAUUGUCUUAUCAACUAUCUUGGGUUUGAUACCACUCAAACAACGAGCGGGUGUUCAAAGAGUUUUCAAAGAGGUUUCUCCUUUCGUCACUCCUGGACAAUUGAGGAGUGCUUUGUCAGGUUUAGGUCUGACGAAGAAUAUUCUGGACGAAUUGGAUCAAUGUUGUGUUACCGCCGAGUCUGAAACAGUUCGAUCAAAACUUGAAUCUCACUUUUCGACCUCUUCUUCAGUUUCGAAACUUUCCAAAGCACUGGAAGAAACUUCUCAUGUAAUCACAUUAGCUAGGAGUUUUGGGAUAGCAAGGAAAAUCGUUUUCAGACCUACUUUGAGUAAACAUGCCGAGUUUUUCAGAGGAGGGUUCAUGUUUGAAUGUGUCCGUCGAGGACGACAAGGUGAUGUGGUGGCAUUCGGAGGACGGUAUGAUUGUUUAUUGGAACAUUUCUCUCAGAGUCAUACUAGACAAGUAUUCGGAGUGGGCAUGUCGAUCGAUGUGGACCAACUCGCCAUCAUGGUCCGACGAUACGAAAGUACUCUCUCUACGAAACUCAUGACGAAGGAUAAUGAAGAUGAACGGUCGUUUGGGUUUUGGUCGCCGUCUCGUUGUGAUGUUUACGUAGCUGCCACUGCUCAAGUUGAUCUCACACAACGUCUGUCAGUCGUGGGGGAGUUGUGGAGAGCUGGUAUACGUGCAGAUCUGCAGUACGACGAUGAGAGAUCUGUCGAGGAGGUUUUGACGGAAUGUGUGGAUCAGAAUACUUUAUUCCUCGUGUUGCCUCGUGCUAAUCGACCCAUGGUCAAGGUCCGGAAUGUCCUGAAGAGGUCUGAAGAGGAAAUCCCUCGAAACGAACUAUGUACUCAUCUCCGAAUGGCCAUUGCGGAACAACGUAGGAUAGACGCGACUUACGCUUCUGCCGAAGGUUCCAUACCUUCCGCUCAAGCUGCCGCCUUGUCCGUGUUGGUAGAUACCAAAGAGGUUGUGAUCAAAUUGGUUUUACCGCCCGAACCUCAGAGUAGUAAAGGGAAAAGUAAGCCGGUGAGGAAACAUCGACAUGUGACCAAGGGUGUAUACUAUGACAAAGCUUCCGAAUUCUCAAUCACGACUCAAUCAAACCUCCCAAUCUUAGCGGUGGACUUGACACCUUCUUUCUUAUCUCAACUGAUAGUGGAUCCAUCAUGGAUCACAGAAGAUGAGAUAUGGAGAAGUUUUUUGAUCAAUAUGAACAAUACGGAUAAAGAAUAUGCUGGAAGUGUUAGGAAAGCUGUUAAUGAGAUGAUUAUGCAUAAUGGGGGGAAAAGUUUGUUAUGGUUGUUUAGUGUGAGAGAGGGGAGAGGUUUUUUGUUACAACCUAAGUGAUAUGAUUGGGUAUGUGUGGGGGAGUUCCUACCCUUUUAGAAGUUAAAUGGAAGGUAGGGAUGGUAGGGAUGGUAGAGAAGGUAGAGAAGGUAGAGAAAGUAGAGAAGGUAGGAAGAGUGAUUCGUUUUACUAUGCAUUUCAACAUUGGUCAAUUGUU